AUGUCCUUCCUAUGGAAGCAGAUCUCCAGCAUAGUGCUGGCCCCAGACUUCCCGGGCUGGCUCGCCCCCCUGCACUUUAACCCCAACCGCUGGUUCGAGUUCGUGUCCUUCACGUGCACCCUGACCGCCUCAUGGGUGCUCGCCGCCGCGCUCACCGGCGGGCUCUCUUACGCCGCCAGCCGCGGCGUGCCCGAGGCGCUGCGCGCCACGUCGUGGGCGUGGCUCGUGUCGAUGCCGAUCGCGGCGGCGCAGCUGGUGCUGGUGACGGCGGCGGAGAGCCGCGCGCUUGUGGGCACGGAGGACUUUGCCAGCGCCCUGCCUCUGGCCGCUCAGGGCCCCGGCGAGCCUGUGGCCACUGCCGCGGGCGUGCUGGGCGUGAUGUGCUUCUGGCGGGCCUUUUACACUGUCGCCCUGGACCCCUGGUCGAGCAGCGCGCAGCGCAUCACUGCGGAGGCGCAGGCGCUCCGCGAGGCGGCGACGGUGGCGGUCGCGCUUGCGGCCGUGGGGGCUGCGGCCUUGCAGGUGGUGCAGGCGGCAUCGGGCGUGAUGGAGCGCGGGCAGCUCAUGUGA